AUGAAGACAGUCACGGUUGAACGCAACGCCGGAGCAAAGUCAUGUGAAAAAGGUAGACCUUCUGUAGACGGAACCAAAUACGAUACCACUGAUACUCCUGAUGCAACAAACCGCCUAAUCCCAAGUUGUCCACCUCGUAAUACGUGCCUCGUUACGAAUUCGUUGACGCAAUCCAACACCAUCAAUGCUUCUGACACAUCGACGUUCAAAAACGCCUCACACCUGUCGGUAGAGGCCAUGCCUCGCAAGCAUGAGAUAUAA